AUGCCAGGUGGUAACACUGCCUCCUGCUCUUCUGUUAAUGCCCCGGUCAAAUCAAAAAUGCUAACCGCUACACUAGCAGCAACCAACACUAAUCCCAAUUCGGAAAAAAUUCCAAGCAAAUUGAGAAUAUAUAAAUCAGUUGAUUCGGCUACUAACGAAGAUGAUGUCGUCAACUAUCCACCGGAAUUCUUAAACUCGCUAGAUUUGCCAGGAUUGCCACCUCACAAUCUUCAAUUAAAGGUUGGAUCAGUAGUUAUAAUAUUGCGAAAUAUCAAUCAAUCGCGUCUUUGCAACGGCACACAGUUAGCGAUAAAAAAAUUACUGAACAACGUGAUAAAAGCAACUAUACUGAAAGGAAAGUAUAAAAGAGAAGAUAUUUUGAUACCACGCAUCCCACUGAUUCCGACUGAUGUACCAUUUGAGUUUAAGCGACUACAGUUUCCAGUGCGGCUUGCUUUUGCUAUUUCCAUAAACAAGUCCCAGAGGCAAUCAUUAAGUGUUUGUGGUAUUAAUCUACAAAACCCAUGUUUCUCACAUGGUCAAUUGUACGUUGCCUGUUCCCGUGUUGGAAAACCAUCAGAUUUGUUUGUUUAUGCGCCAGGUAAUCAAACAAAAAACAUCGUUUAUCACAAAGCACUGCAAUGA